AGAUCCGUUUGGUCUGCGCAUUUCUCAUCAACGACGAGCCGGCCUGCGAUUGCCACCCCGAUCCCCCCCCCUUCUCCUCCCCGCAAACCAUCGUCCUGGCCAUCGUCCUGGCCAUCGUCCUGGCCAACCUGCUGUCGCUUGGAUAUUCCCAGAUCCAUCAAUCGCACUCGUCCUCCCCGCUCUCCCGUCCCGAUGCAAACCAUGCCGACCCGAUCCGACGUCCAGGUCAAGGUCGACUGUCUCGUCAAGGCCCGGAUUCCCACCUUUGACCAUCGCGGCACCUGCUGGCUCUUCCUCUACUCCAACAACCAAGACUCGGAGGAGCAUCUGGCCAUCGUCUAUGGCGACGACAUUGUCUCGACCUCCCUCGAGGCCGUCCAUCCUGGCGAAGACUCGCCGGAGAUCGCAUCCGGCGAGGCGCUGCUCCGACCACCCACCAGCCUGACCGAACCAACACUGAACGGCAUCAACGGCACCAACGGCACCAACGGCCACAUCCACCACCACGAUCAUCCUCCAACCCUCACGCGCAUUCACUCGGCAUGCUUCACAGGCGAGACCCUGGGAUCGGCUCGCUGCGACUGCGCUGAACAGCUCGCCGAUGCCAUGUCGCUGAUCAACAAAGAGGGAUCGGGCGUGAUCAUCUAUCUCAAGCAGGAAGGCAGAGGCAUUGGCCUGAAGGAAAAGCUCAAGGCAUACAACCUGAUUGAUCAAGGACACGACACCCUGACGGCCAACGUCCUGCUGGGCCACCCUGUCGAUGCCCGGUCUUACGAGAUCGCCGCUGCCAUCCUCAAGGAUCUCAGCAUCACCUCGCUCCGUCUCCUCACCAACAACCCCGACAAGAUCUCGCAGCUCGAGAGCCAGGGCAUCCACAUCGACGACCGCAUCCCGAUGGUGCCCAAGAGCUGGCGUGGCUUCCUGAAACACUCGCAGAGCAACGUCAGCAGCGCCUUCCGACCCAACAUCGAUCCUCCCUCGGCCUCGCCCAGCCGCGACGCAAGCCGCAGCCCCGCCGUCUCCGAGGUGGACGAAUACAUCAUCACCAAGGUCGAGAAGAUGAACCACAUGUUGGACGUGCCAAAGGAUCUGCUUUCCGUCUUCAACUCGGCUCGGCAGUCGGCCGAGUCGCUGCACAGUCGCCACACCGAGCGGAGCGAGAACGAGCACGCAAGUUCGUAA